AUGACGCAAAACUCGAUCUACUCCAUGGUCAAGUUUGGUGGCGUGCGCAACUACGUGGUCGGGUGCUGGACCCCCGAAGACCUGGCCGCCUGCGCCGACCUCAACCUGCCGUGCACCGACGUGGCGCGCUUUCUUCCCGAGCCCAUGAACAACGCCCCCGACGCCGGCACCUUUAAUUCUCACGACUACCUGGUCGUCUGCUGGCUGCGGCCCGCGCUGCUGGUGCACCUGCUGGGACUCGGAUACGCGGUGCUGUCCACGGACAGCGACAUUGUGUACUUUGUGAAGCCGGUGUGGCAGUCGUACCUGCGGUUCAUCGAGGAGGCGGGCGCAGACGGCGCCUUCCAGGCCGAGGUGCCAGUCAACGGCGGCAACUAUGUGGUGCUGCCCACCCCCGCUGCCAUCCGUUGGGCCCAGGCCUGGGCGGCUCUGGCGCCUGAGAUGAUCCAGAGGGUCACCCACGACCAGUCUGGCUUCCGGCUGGUGGAGGAAGCCAGGUGGAAGCUGUGCGGUACCGUGGAGUCGUGCCAGGGGGAGCGCGCCGCGCAGAUUGCCAAUGCCACCGCCGCCGCUUCCCCCGGCGGCAACGCCACCGCCGCCGCCCCCCCCGCCCUCUUGCGUAUCUACCUGCCCCGCUACUUCGGCUACUGGGACGAUUUGUGCGCCUUCGCGGCCAUGCACCGGCUGCCGCGCUUCGACCCGUGCGACUGGGCGGGUGAAGCUGUUCACACAGAUGAUUUUUCUGUAUUAGGCGGCGGCGCCGAGGCGCAGAUUGCCAAUGCCACCGCCGCGGUUUCCCCCGGGGGAAACGCCACCGCCGCCGCCCCCCCCGCCUUUUUGGGUAUUUACCUGCCCCGUUAUUUGGGUUAA